UCCGCGCCAGGCUCAAGCGCCCUCGCCCGCUCUCUGCAGCCCCCGGCCCGCGCCCCUCGGGGUCCCCCGGCCGACCUGCGCGGGAUGUGACCUCUGCCCCCCCCCCGCCUCCCCUGACCCCCAGGAGGCACGCCUGCUUUUGGGGGGGUGGGUAGGGAGGGGCGCGCGGAUCAUGGCAUUGGAGUUCACGGGCUUGCAGCCGCUGCCUCCCUCUGGUCCACGCACCCCGAGCGCCCCUGCUUCCCGGAGCAGCAGCGGAGAAGGCGAAGCGGACGCCGGGGGCGAGGCAGAUGGGGCUCAAGGCGCGCAGGGCGGCGGGGGCGGCUGGCGGCGGCGGCGACGGGGGCGGCGGAGGCGGCGGGGCUGCUAACCCAGCCGGAGGGGAUGCGGCGGCGGCCGGCGACGAGGAGCGUAAAGUGGGGCUGCCGCCUGGGGACGUGGAGCAAGUCACCUUGGCGCUCGGGGCCGGAGCUGACAAAGACGGGACUCUGCUGCUGGAGGGUGGUGGCCGCGAUGAGGGGCUGCGGAGGACCCCGCAGGGCAUCGGACUCCUGGCCAAGACCCCUCUGAGCCGCCCGGUCAAGAGGAACAACGCCAAGUACCGGCGCGUCCAAACUUUGAUCUACGACGCCCUGGAGAGACCGCGGGGCUGGGCGCUGCUGUACCACGCGCUGGUGUUCCUGAUUGUCCUGGGGUGCUUGAUCCUGGCCGUUCUGACCACCUUCAAGGAGUAUGAGACCGUCUCAGGAGACUGGCUUCUGUUGCUGGAAACAUUUGCUAUUUUCAUCUUUGGAGCUGAGUUUGCUUUGAGGAUCUGGGCUGCAGGAUGUUGCUGCCGAUACAAAGGCUGGCGGGGACGCCUGAAGUUUGCCAGGAAGCCCCUGUGCAUGCUGGACAUCUUUGUGUUGAUUGCCUCUGUGCCUGUAGUUGCUGUGGGAAACCAGGGCAAUGUCCUGGCCACCUCCCUGCGAAGCUUGCGCUUCCUACAGAUCCUGCGCAUGCUGCGGAUGGACCGGAGGGGUGGCACCUGGAAGCUCCUGGGCUCGGCCAUCUGCGCUCAUAGCAAGGAACUCAUCACCGCCUGGUACAUCGGCUUCCUAACGCUCAUCCUGUCUUCAUUUCUUGUCUACCUGGUCGAGAAAGAUGUGCCAGAAGUGGAUGCACAAGGAGAGGAGAUGAAAGAGGAGUUUGAGACCUAUGCAGAUGCCCUUUGGUGGGGCCUGAUCACACUGGCCACUAUUGGCUAUGGAGACAAGACACCUAAAACGUGGGAAGGCCGUCUGAUCGCUGCCACCUUCUCCUUAAUUGGCGUCUCCUUUUUUGCCCUUCCAGCAGGUAUCCUGGGCUCAGGACUGGCACUCAAGGUGCAGGAACAGCACCGUCAGAAGCACUUUGAGAAAAGGAGGAAGCCAGCAGCUGAGCUUAUCCAGGCUGCCUGGAGGUAUUAUGCUACCAACCCCAACAGGAUUGACCUCGUGGCAACCUGGAGGUUUUAUGAAUCAGUGGUUUCUUUUCCAUUUUUCAGGAAAGAACAGCUGGAGGCAGCAGCCAGCCAAAAGCUGGGUCUCUUGGAUCGGGUUCGCCUUUCUAAUCCUCGUGGUAGCAAUACUAAAGGAAAGCUAUUUACCCCUCUGAAUGUAGAUGCCAUAGAAGAAAGUCCUUCUAAAGAACCAAAGCCUGUUGGCUUAAACAAUAAAGAGCGUUUCCGCACCGCCUUCCGCAUGAAAGCCUACGCUUUCUGGCAGAGCUCUGAAGAUGCUGGAACUGGAGAUCCCAUGGCAGAAGACAGGGGCUAUGGGAAUGACUUCCUCAUAGAAGACAUGAUCCCCACCCUGAAGGCUGCCAUCAGAGCUGUCAGAAUUCUACAAUUCCGUCUCUACAAAAAAAAAUUCAAGGAAACUUUGAGGCCUUAUGAUGUGAAGGAUGUGAUUGAGCAGUAUUCUGCAGGACAUCUUGACAUGCUUUCCAGGAUAAAGUACCUUCAGACAAGAAUAGAUAUGAUUUUCACCCCUGGACCUCCAUCUACUCCAAAACAUAAGAAGCCUCAGAAAGGGACAGCAUUCACCUACCCAUCACAGCAGUCUCCCAGGAACGAACCAUUUGUAGCCAGAACAUCCACAGCAGAAAUGGAAGACCAAAGCAUGAUGGGAAAGUUUGUAAAAGUGGAAAGACAGGUGCAUGACAUGGGGAAGAAGUUGGACUUCCUGGUGGACAUGCACAUGCAGCAUAUGGAACGGCUGCAGGUCCAGGUCACUUGCUCGCCAGCUGCAGGGGAGAAGAAGGAGGACAGCAGGUAUUCAGACUUGAAAACCAUCAUCUGCAACUAUUCUGAGGCAGGACCGCCUGACCCUCCCUACAGCUUCCACGAGGUGCCCAUCGACAAGGUUGGCCCCUAUGGGUUCUUUGCACAUGACCCCGUGAACUUACCCAGAGGAGGACCCAGUUCUGCCAAGGUCCAAGCCACUCUUCCUUCCUCCACAAGCUCAUAUGCAGAAAGACCCACCGUCCUGCCUAUUUUGACUCUUCUGGACUCCCGGGUGAGCUUCCACUCCCAGGCUGAAUCCCAUGGCCAGUACUCGGACCACAUCUCACCACGGCAAAGACGUAGCCUCACGCGGGACAGUGACACGCCUCUGUCCCUGAUGUCUGUCAACCAUGAGGAGCUGGAGAGGUCUCCGAGUGGCUUCAGCAUCUCACAGGAUAGAGAUGAUUAUGCAUUUGGCCCCAGUGGCGGAUCCAGCUGGAUGAGGGAGAAGCGAUACCUUGCCGAGGGUGAGACAGAUACAGACACAGACCCCUUCACGCCCAGUGGGUCCAUGCCUCUGUCGUCCACAGGGGACGGGAUUUCAGAUUCCAUAUGGACCCCUUCCAACAAGCCCACUUAACAGGGGUCACUGGCUGACUCCUUGUAAUGUACACAGACUUUGUAUAGCUCCCUGACUCUCACACCCAACGCAUACAGCGGGGACACCAGUAGCUGCACCGGAUGCAUGCGUGUGCACAGUAGCCCCAGCCAGCAGGGGUUCGCAGCCUUCUUCCUCCCCAAGUCAUCACAGCGAAGCCGCUUCCUUUUCAGCAUGGUUUGCAUGACUUGACACUAUAUAAGUGGUACCACUAGUCUCUUCUAGGACACACAUUAAUCUACUGUUUUUACUUUCAAUCAUGAUUGGACCAGUACAGGGAGAGAUUAUUGAUGAGCCUUGCUACUUAUUUCUUUGGUUGACUGGUUGGGGUUUUGGUUUGGUAAGCAGAGAAUGUAGCUGAAGUUAUUUCUAGGAUCACUGCCCCUUUGUGUAAAAUACUUUAGGAAUUAACUAUUUUCUAAAGCAAAGAAGUAAUUUUCUCAACAAGAACACAUUGCAUACCAGUGAGGCUGCCUACCGAGCAAACAUGAAGGAAGGAACAAGAUAGGAUUAGGACUCCAAAGUCAAGAAUUCAAACAUUAGUUUCUUAAGGAACAGCCAACAAAAUCAUUUAAAAAUUCUCAAAGUGACUUCACGUGCUCUGCCACUGUCAGUAUUGUGCCUCAGUUCCCCCACCUGUAAAAUGUAUUGAUAAUUCUUAUGGUAGCAUUUUACAUGUGUUAUGAAUUGGUGGGGCUAAAUCACACACGCACACACACACACACACACACACACACGCACAUGCAUUUGCAUCCCACAUACACAAACACAAAAAUUAAAAUAGUUACCGAUUUAUAUAACUAAGGAUAGUGAAAUUUAUUACAACUGGGGCGGUUCUCUGAGCAGGAGCCAAGUCCAAUGUCUUCAAAAUGAGGUUCCAAUUCAUGUUGCUCCCCAUGUUAUUAAAAUGCAAAAUAUACACAAAAAGCAAAAAUUACAAUCAAGAGGGCAUGCAGAAAUUAUCUUUUCCAAGUUCUUGUUCUUAAAAAUGAGGCACCUUAGGCUCAGGUACAGUGACAUGCCUAAGGAUACUGCAUGGUGCCAUGGAGAGCCAGGACUCCAAGCUCCUGCCUGCUGACUUCCUCCCUGCCCUGGCCUCCUUUCACUACACCACUCUGGCAUUUGCACACUGGGACCCAGAAAUUAAGCCAAGAUACUGGUAUUCUGUGUUGUGUGGAAAGAAAUCCCCAUAGCUUAUCCUGCAGGAGGAGAAUGUCUUGCUAAAGACAUUUGUCAUUGCAAAACAUGUGUCCUUGAUGCCUUACAUUUGGGAUACAGGAAAAUAAUAAUACAAGCAAGAUAUAGCUAUGAAUAUGCAAACAGGUAAAUUUCCAAAACCGUCUAAUCUUACUCCACCAAAUUUUGCCAAUGGAAGCACUGACACUACAUGUAAUUGUAAGAUUUUCUUAAGUGUAAGCAGACACAUGGAGUGCACUGUCCUAUAGAAGCAUCAGUAUUAAGCAUAAGCCUCACUGUGGUCUCUUAGAUGUUGCUACUCUCUGAAAACUGAUGGGAAAGGCUUCUGGUGGGCUUGGGCUGCAGUUACUAAAGGACAACACCAUACCAUUAUUCUUAUACUCCUUCCGUGAUUCUAAGCAGUGGUUACUAAUAGUUGCCAUGGUAACCAUCAAGCUGAUCAAAAUGGUCUAAUUAAAUAUCUACAUACUACAGCAGUCAAAGUUCUCCCUCACAGUUUUGUCAAGAGCUUUAGUCACUAUGGCAAACGGCCCAUGGUUUCAUCAAUGUCCUGCCCUGUGUUAGAGAGAGAUUGCUCACAGAUUGAUUCUUUUGAAUUCACACACCAGUAGGCCUUGUGCAAAAAGCUAAGAAUACAGUACUUGUGAAGGCUUGGGCCCUGACUUUGGAAACUAUACCAAACCCUGAAGUCUCUGAACCAGGACUGGCAUUGUAAUUGAUAGGAGUGUUACAUGAAUGGUCCCAUGAAUGGAUGGGUAUUGACCCUGAACUCCAAGGCCGGAAGUAUGCAAGAGUCAUUACACACAUUGGACAAGAAGCCCCACCCUUAUGGUUUUCCACAUAUCCUUUCAGCAAUUGGAAAGGCAAAGGGCAUGGACCAUUUGGUCUUCAUCCACCACUACCCUUAAUAUGGCUUCACUACUGCCACUGGGGCUAGAUCCUAAGAAAACGUAGGAUUUUUUCUUUGGGGCUUGAGUCUUGGCUCUGAGCUUCUUGGGCUCUUUAACCAGAUAUCACUGUGACAUCUAUCUUAUAUGUCCCCAUGUUGCUCUUUAUGUAUUCAAAUUAUUGGAAACAAAAACAAAAAAGGGAAAACAAAUCCAAAUCCGUACGUAUAUACCAAUUAUUCUUUCUAACAUAUGAAUAUUCUUGUGGAAGCCAGUAUCAUCUGUGUUUUACAGAUAGAUCCAUAUUUCUGGACUUCAGUGAAAUUCUUGCUCAAGAGUGAGAUCGUCUUAUUCCCCUGCUGAAAUGUUUACUGUGGACCCAAAAUUAGACAAACUACCUUAGGUUCUAUCAAUUACCUGUCAAUAAUGGGAACUUGUAAUAUUUCUCAAACUAUAGGUGGGAAAUCAAGCUUCCCUGCUGAUCACAAAGUUAGGACAGCAGGAAUUGGAUUUGUGUUGAUUUGCAUUUUCUAAUAAGUUCCCUUCAUCAGUGUGGACACAGGAAAAUAAUGCUUAGUUCAUAAAUGGAUGAUAAGAACCUUAGGAACUGUUUUUUUGUGUCUAAGAAAACAAAAAGAAAAACGUGAUCUUUUGGAAUAAUUCCGCUUUCACAUUUAUUUUUUUCACUCAAAAACUGCAUUCUAGGAAAACAAACCAAAUGUACUCAAGUUGCCUGCUUACCAACAUGACUGGCUCCAGAGAAGCACAAGUUCAGGUUCUGAGAUUCAACACUGGCAGUGGGGAUAAAUAGUAUAUGCUUCUACAAAUUUUCUCCUUUUCAGACAAAGAAGCCACAGGAUGGAUGAAUCCAACAGAACAGAAUCCAACAACAUACCCCAGACUUCUGGUAUAUACUGGUGGUUCCACAGCUUGCCCAAGAUAUCAUUGCAGUUUGGGCCAAAACCCACUGAAAUACUGACAAUUUAAUUCUAUCCUAAAAAAAGAAUGAUUUUUUUCUAGUAAAACUGUGAUCCCCUUA